CAGGCCAUCUGUGGAGGAAUGUACAGCCUGACCUAGGUGGAUGGAUCUGAGAACAGGCUGCCAUACCCUGGUUAUUCCCCUUUGAGGAAUCCUAGGGCUGAGCAAGCUGUAGAUGUCCAUCUUCUAACGUGUCUGAAAGGGGCACUGCAGGGUGAGUGAUCCCCCCAAGGCUAGGUGUUGGGUUCCUCUGGCUUGUCAGCAGAACUGGUAAUCGUGGUGCCAUUUGAUCCUCUUAGUUGAGAGAAAGCCUGGAAACAAAGUUGUUUUCUGGAAAAUGUUUCCUAUUGAAAAGUCUUGACCUGAAACCUGUGUCAUAAUCAAGGGACUAAAGUGAUGUUUUCAAAGGGCCUCUGGCUGUGUUGUUGACUCUCUAGUGGUUUCUCUCAGUACCAACAUUGCCUGGCAUUAACUAGCUCGGAUUCUGAUCUGGCAGUUCCUGAUUGGUGCCCUCUGCCUAUAUAAGGUCAGGAUGUGGAAUGCUGAAGGCAGCAUCCUACCUUCUCCUGAGCUCCACGCUUUCUUAUCUGUGCUCCCUGCUAAUCAACUCACCAGCAUGAAGCUCUUGGCGUUGCUGGUACUGGUGGCCGUUUCCACCUUCCUGGUUUCAGGCCAGACAACUGGCGCUGCAAGUGAUAGCUCUACUGCUGCUGCCACCACAGCUGCCGCCACCACUGCCGCUGCCACCACUGCUGCUCCUGCCACCACUGCCGCUGCCACCACUGCAGCUCCUACUACCACUCCAAAGGGUAAGCCACUCAUCUUUGUGCUUUCUUUUCGGGGCUCUUGAUUCCUUGAUUCCCUAUGAUCCCGGAAGAUUCUAUUGUGUGGUCAGGAAGGAGAAGCCAUGAGAGAGCUCUGUUUCCAUCAUUCUCUAAUUAUUUCUAGUUUUACAAAUCAAGUCAGCAGAUAGAUCUCAGAGGAGCCCUGAGGUUGCAGCUUCUUGUUCACUAAUAUUACCUGCAAGUUCCUGACAUGUUGGCUUUAAUAGGGAAUUUUGUCUUUAGUGGAAAUAUUAUUAGAAAGAUAGGGGGCCAGGUGACUGUUUAUGUUUAUUUUUUAUAGAAAAGUGUUUGUUUCUUUUAUUUUUAAGUUUUUAUGAAGUUUAUGUAUUUUGAGAGAGAGAGAAAGAGAGAAUGGAAGUGUUGGAGGAGGUGGAGGGGGAGACUGA